AAAUACUUCUUCCUUUUUUUUUUUUUGCCUUUAUCCUCUCAUACCCCAGUUAAUUUAUAAAGAUGGGUUGGACACCAAUGGGACCGGACCUCGAUACCUGUGGGAUGACCAAUUGGGUUGGAUCCUUUGAUCCCAUCAUGUUCAUCUAUUUUAUGCUCGCAACAGUCUUGAUCCCAUAUCCGGUUUAUGUUGUUGUCGCCACGGUCUUUAAUUGGGAGCACCUUGCAAAGCGACCCGCCAGACAUUAUCAAGACCUUCUCCAUGCGACUUCAUAUGGUGUUAUUGUGUUCAUCUUUGGGAAUUACGCACGGACAUUGUACACUAGCUGGAUCACCGUCUUGGCUUUCUGGAUUACAUGGCCAUGCUAUUCAAUGAUUGCAGAACUUGACUUCGCUAAGACAUCGUUACCGUCGUGGAAGUCGUGGCCAUUUGGAAUGUAUGCAUUGUUUGCAGGAGCUACGGGAGUUGUUUUGGUAUUUGCAGGAUUCCAUAUAUAUCUUGGAGUGGAUCUCAACAAGACCGUGCCUGGGUUCUUGGGCUAUUACUUAUUAGGACUAUUGGUCCCUGUGAUCCUGACAUUGAUCGGGUAUGCAUGCUUGAAACAACAGAACAUGGAUGCGUUUGGGCUAUCAAAGGUGUAUAAUGGUAUGUUGAGGCUGCGGUGGAGAUGGAGCACACGUAAGGCCAGGCGUGGAUUAGAGAAACAAAGUAGAUUGGAAGCAGCAGCAGCGCCAAAGGUACCGACGAUCGAUUCAGGAAGUGCAGCAGCGCCGGCAGCAGCGGAUCAGCAGGUGCAACAAGAUCGAUCAGAGCAACAGGAUCAACAACCAUCAGGUACAGUUGUAGUCCGAAUGGAUAACCAUUAUCAACAACAAUCGAGUCAUCAUGUCAGUCGUACAGGGAGCCUUGAUCCCUUGGUGGAUUCCUCUAGUAACCUUCGUUAUUCUUCUUUGGAAAAUAUUGACAAUGCCAAUGCCAAUGCCAAUGCCAAUGCAGCUGGGGUUGAAACUGGAGCAGAAACUAAACCUGCAGCUGGAACUUCUACUGCUUUACAGACAGUAGAAACAGGAGUUGUUGUUGAACCAUAUAAAUCCUAUGUCUGGUCCGUGGCUGUUCCAGGAUACUUUCAUCCACACCACUGGCAGCUAUUUUAUAUCCUCGCUUUCUUUACUCGAUUUGAGCAUUGGGUUUCAAGAGUGGGUGGUGGCAUUGUUCUGGGCUGUUACAUGCAAGGUGUCAUGGCCUAUGGCUACGACUACCUAAUUGAAGAGUAG